GGUAGGUGUUGAGGGAUUAUCUGAAACUGUAGUGUUAGAGCCUAUUGUUAUUUUACAGGGGACUGGUGGGAUGUUUACUGGCUACUAGGAUACUUCUGGCACAGAAAGCAAGAGCCUUUCACAGCUUCCUUGAUCCCGGGGAAAGCCUGCUACCUGCACUGUACUAAGGGCAUCAACAAGAGUGAAGCCACUUCAGAAUAUUUCUAGCUGGGUUGCUGGUGUAAGCCUUCAGCAUGGGGUGCAAACUCAGUAAGAAGGGGUUCUGUAGGAUUUGUAAGAAACGUAAGGACCAGCAGACUGAAGGAGCUGCUGAGAUUAGUGAGACACAUGAUAUUGCACAUACCUCACAGGAGGCUUCUGAAGGCACCAAGAGCCAGCCUCUCACAGGGACUAGGAAAGACAUUGAGCAAGCCACUGUUGAAGCACAGCUUAUGAGGUAUGACGGAGUACCUGCUGCACCCAGCUCACAAGAGACACCAGCAGAUAGUAAAGAAACCCUGUCUGUUCUGCAGACUGUACAAGGCUGUGAAGCCCAGACUACUGCACAGAGCACAGGAAAGGCCUCACAGGACACUGAUGCCCAGCCUGCUGCAGAGAUGGAGCAAGAGAUUGGAGAAGCUGAGUUUAAUGCAAAGAUAACACAGGACAGGCAGCCUGUUGCACAGACCCCAAGAAAUAAUGAGGAGUCCCAGCAUGCUGCAGAGAUACCAGAAGAGGGUAUAGAAGCAAGUAAAACUCUGCUGGAUGCAGAGAUCAAGCAAGAGCCUGAGGUCCAAACUAUUAAACAGGACUGGCAGCUGGCUUCAUGUAUCAUAGAAGAUCAGCCUGCACUUGAGGCAAUGCAAGAAGCUGGUAAGAUGGAGACUACCGUACAGACAACAGCAGAGAUUGUUGAAGUCCAGCCUACUGCAGAGAACAUGCAAGAGAUUUACCAAUACACUGGUGAAACCCAGCCUACUCUACAGACUGCUCAAGAAAGGAACGUCCAGCCCAUGUCCGAGUCUGAGCAACAGACUGCUGCACAGAUCACUGGGAGGGCACAAGCUGUUACACAGGAUGCACUAAACACUGGUGAAGCUAAACCUACUACACAGAGCAUGCAAGAGGUUCCACAGCACCCUCCUGAAGCACAAUCUGCUCUAAAAAGACUGCAAGGAGCAGAGAUGCAGACUUCUGCACAGGUCAUGGAAGAUGUUGGGGAGACCCAGCCCGCUUCAGAGACGGCGGUAUUACUACUUGUAGAGUCUGAACAAGAGGCUGGUGAGACUGAGUCUGCUGGAGCGAGAACAGAACUAACUGAGUCUAGGGCCCAUUCUGUUACACAGUACAGAGAGCUUGCUGCCCUGUCCCUGCAAGGGACUGUUGCAUCCCUGUCCGCUGCAUGCACCACAGAAGUGACUAAGCGGGCUGAACCUGCUUUGCAGACUGCACAAGAGGGGAAGGCCCAAACCACUGCAUGUAUGGCAAGAGAAAGUUGGACUGUACAAGGUGCAGCUGAGGCCUACCCUCCUGCAGAAAUCAAAGAGGAGACUGAAGCCCAGCUUGUAGCACAAGGUCUACUUGAGACCCAGCCAACUAUACAGAGCAUAGAGGCUCCACAGGGUACUACUAAAAACAUGCAGAUUAUGGAAGACAUUAGCAUGGGCCCUGCAGAACUCAAGGCUUCUCAAGAGAGUCCACUGGAACCUGUGAGCAUUCCUAUUAAACUAACCAUAAAAAAGCCCCAGCGUACUGCACAGGUCAUUCAAGAGAUGGAGACUCUGCAUCCUGCAGAGACCACGGAAUUGAAGGAGAACCAGGGCCAGCAGAAUGAUCUGGAUUCCCAGCCCACUAGUGCUCUUACAGAAUACAAGGAGAGAUGGGGGAACUCUGCAAUUCCAAAGGAGAAAGAUCAGGCACCUGAACUAGAGGCCACUGAGGUAGCAAAACCAGAGCAGCAGCAGCAGCAAGAACUUCCAGUUUCUCACAUCCCUGAAAGUCCAGUAGAAAAGUGCCAGCUUUUAGACCGCUCAAUGCUCGAAGCAUGCAAGGGCAAAUGGGAAGAGGAGGCUGAAAAUGCUGAGACUCCCAUGCCCUCAGAAACACAAGGAUCUGAGGAUGAAAUGGCCCUCGCAUCAGACUCCACAGCUAACAGUGGAACUGCACCUGCUUCAGAGGAGCCCCAAGGAACAGAAGUAACUGACUCAAUGUCUGAGCCCUAUAGCCUGUGCAGAAGGACCUGUUGCACCUGAAACGCCAGCAACUAAUUGUGCUUCAGCUGAAUCACCAGAGUCAGAGUAAAAUGGACAAACUGAACACUGAUAUUUAACUUCUCUCAAUUCAAUUCUUGAUCUUCAACCAUAAUUGCCCAAAAUCACUGUCCCACGCAGUAAGGCUGGGAGGCAACGACCAAGCAGGCCACAGGGGAAAUGCCCAUAAUACAGUUUCUUGUUGACCUGUAAAUUACUACAUGACGCUCUGAAUUUGCAAUGCAUCUUCCUGUAUCUUCCACUUUUCUAAUCUGGAUUUGGGAGCCUGGUUUUCCAUUUGGGCUAAGCCAAUCAGAUCCACAUACACAAUGGUGUGUUUGGUUUUUUUUUUUGUUUUUUUUUUUUAAUAGAUCCAUACUCUAGCAUAGUCAAGGAAUGUUUUUUUUUUUUUUUUUUGUCCCCUGUUUCUCCCCCCAAUGCCAUUUGCUGUCUGUUAGAGUUCAGAUUAAUUUAGAUAUUAAAAUUCUUGGGUUAUAACUGCAUUUAACCCAUUACUUACAAAAGGAGUCUCCUUUUGUCUUUAUAGUUAGCUUGUAUGGAAAGAAUAAACUAACACUGUCGGAUGCAUUAAAACUAUUUAAUUGUAUUAGAUGGUACAAAUGUAUUGGGGUGUCAGCACCACUGCUAUACAGUAUUAGUGAAUGGAGAAAUCCUUUAGCAAUCUGAAGUAACAUUUUAACAUUUGUGACUCUCAAUAAAUGAUGUCUUUACUGAUCA